CUCGGUUACUCACAGAAUGUCAGUCAGGUCUCACUUCCCUUGCUUCCUUCUCCGUCCGUUCAUCUCUCCUUCUCAAUAGAACCGUUUCUCUCUCUCUCCCGCCCUCCCUCUCUAUCUCUCUACACACACACACUCUCGCACGCACACGAACAAUACUUUGUUUGGUUGGUUUAUGAAAUCUCAUUUAUGACACCAGCCGAUUCUCCCGCGAGUUUUAACGACCGAAAUCACAGCAGAACCCGUAAACCAAGCAAUCAUGGGGAGGGUCAAGCUUAAGAUAAAGAGAUUAGAGAACAGUAGCAACAGACAAGUGACCUAUUCAAAAAGGAGGCUUGGAAUCUUAAAGAAAGCUAAGGAAUUGUCAGUAUUAUGUGACAUUGACAUUAUCCUUCUAAUGUUCUCUCCAACCGGAAAACCGACAAUGUUCAGCGGAGCGCGCAGCAGCAUUGAUGAGGUUAUUACAAAAUUCGCUCAGUUAACUCCUCAAGAAAGAGCAAAAAGGAAGCUGGAGAGCCUUGAAGCUUUGAAGAAAACCUUUAAGAAGCUUGACCAUGAUGUAAAUAUACAAGAUUUUUUAGUCGAAAGUGUUCAAUCAGUUGAGGAAUUGAGUGCCCAAGUAGGGAUGAUGCGAGCACAACUCAUAGAACUACAUAGGAGAUUGAGCUUUUGGAGUAAUCCAGAUAAGAUCGACAAUGUUGAACAACUUGGGCAGAUGGAAGAUUCACUUAGGGAAUCGAUUAACCAAAUUCGAGUGCACAAGGAAAAUUUUGUAAAGCAUCAAAUUUUGCCACUAGAUUGUACUAGCCAGUUCCAGAAUGGGAUGCAUUUGCCUCUGAUAAUGGGUGGCGAUCAAGAAGGCCAAUCCCUUACAUGGCUUCCCACUAAUGAGAAUCAUCAUCUAGUACUUCCUGAGGAGCCAAACUUUCAGCCUCAAAGGGAUAUGGAGGGUUCCACAGAUGCCUCUCUUCUGAACUAUGCUUGUUUCUUUGGCAAUGGCAAACAAACACAGAUUGAGAAUGCAGAACUAGUUGAUAGAAUACAAGAAGGUGGUGCCAUGAAUAAUUUAAGUAAUCCUGCAUGCUUGAGAUUCCAACUCGACGAGCAGUACCCAUACCAUUCAUAUGGUAAUCUAAAUUUGUCGGAAGUGGAAAAAUUGAAAGCUGAGUCAGAAGUGCAUUUGCAAGGGCAUCCCUUUGAUUAUCAAAUUCAUAGCAAUUUUGAACUGCCUAAACUUAUCUAUGACAAUGUGCACAAUACUUGGGUCCCUGCUUCUGACUCGUGUUCCAUCACCAUGUUUAAUGAGAACUCAUACCCACAGGUUAGCUUUCUUCUGUUCAUUUAUGUUGCUUUGCCAUGUUUGUAUGUUAAAUUACGGAAUCGCUGCUCACUUUGUUUCUUCUCUUGGUGAAUGGCUUCCUUUUUUCCCCUUUUCCAUUUGUGUAGAAGCUCAAAUCUUUGUUCUGAUUUUCUGUUGCUUGGUAGCAUAAAUAUUUUGACUUAUCAGAGGAGAAAGGGAAAAAGAAGACAACAUGAAAACUUAUAUAAAGAGGAGCCGUGUUUAUGUUGAACAUGAUUUGCAUGGUUAUGUCAAACAUGGCUAAGACGUUUCUAUAAAAUAAAAAUGUUCUUUUGAAUUUCCUAUAUAUGAGAGUAUGUGCCUGCAUAUAAAUCUUGUAUGUAGAAAAUCCACAUGACGGGCCUUGUCAUAUUUAUGACAUACAUAUUGUGGCUGAAAAAUGAGGGGUUUGCAGCAAUUAUAUAGUUAUGGCUACUGGGUAAUAGUUGAAAAGAGAGAAAGUAAGGGUUUAUGAAUGAGGAAGAAGAGGAGGAAAAAAACAUGAUAUGAGUGCAGAUGUGUGUGUGUGUGUUCCUCUACAUACAUACAAGUCUCCUCUCGUAUAUUUCCUUUUCUAUGUCCUGUUUCUUCAGAAUGUACAAUGUUGGUGCGUCUGUAACUCAUCUAAGCUGUGUCAUGGCUCGUACUGUUGCAAUGAAAGUCUUAAACACAGUUUCACAGGCUUUUCUUCCUAAUUUUGUGAAGGUAACUGGCGUGUUUUGAAACAAAAACAAUUGCCUUUAUAGCUGUACCCCUUCGGGAUUUCAUUCUUCUUGGUGGCUAUCCCCUUUUAGUUUUGAGUUUGCAUUUGGGACCGGGGAUUCUACUGAAUAAAAGAAAAAAAAUAAAGAUUUUGACUCCAGUCUCCUUCGGCCACUACAUUGUUUUGACCAAUUCUGUCCUAUGUCUUCUUUUCUGGAUCGCCCCGUUAUGAUGCAAAUGUACUCCAUGGAUUAACUGUGUUUACAAUAAGAUUUGAUGUUACCAAUUUGUACUAUUUCUUGGUACUUGCCUGGCAGUUGAACCCAAAUAGAGGAACAUAAAAUGGUGUCAUCAUCUAUUUAUCGUGUUGGUUCGAGGUUGGUUGGUCAAUUGAAGUGACAUUUGGUUCGGCUUAUCUAUCAGAAACCAAUUUUUGCCCAGAGACUAUGUUUACAUCCUGUGUACAAUUAUGGCUCGGAGUUGAUAGUCGUCGAUGAUCAAAAUACAAUUUUUGUGCCAUUACGACAUUCAUGUUAAGAGGUAUGAAUCAAUUCGUAUCAUUAUCUGAUCUAGUUAUGAUCUAAUCUUAAGUAAUAGACAUGGUAUACGAUUUUGUGACAGAAUUGAGCGAUUAUUAGAUCAAAUUGAGGCAAACUUUCCAUGUAAUUCGUUGAAAUUCGAUUUUAUGGUGAUUGGAUUAAAAGUUCAUUAUUGGAUUUUCAUUUUUUACAAAUUCAAAAAUGGAUUGGACAGAUAACAUUUGUUGCUACUAUACCGUCAUUUACAA